AGUAGGCUUACCGUGUAAAUGUAAUAUAAGUUAUAAAUACGAAUGGCCGGCAAUGGUAGUUAUAACUAUUCAGGAUAUUUGUCAAUGGUCUGGUUCAACUCCUAGUCAUCGAAACUUUCGAGAGGGUGAACGCUUAGUGGCUGCGAAACAUUUACUAAAUUGCGGUAUCGUAAAAGAGGAUAGUGACGUUUUCGAGAUAUCGGCGUCGUGUAUUCAAACGUCAAAUGUGCGUGGAUCUCCUCAUGAAAUACACGGAAUUUUGGGGAAAAAUGGAGAAGUUAAGUCAAUUACGUGUUCGUGUAAAGCUGGACUUGGCGAAAAAUGUAAACAUAUUAUGGCUGCACUACUGUUCUGUUCCAGAAAUGAAAUUUCAGUACUUUCUUGCACUGAUAUUAAAUGUCAGUGGAAGCAAAAGUAUAAAGACACGCUACAGAAUUACGUGGCUCGCCCUUUGGAGGAACACGAAUGUCUGAAAUCCACGAACAACAAUAAUCCCCUGAGCGAAGAUGUGGAAAUGGCAAUAAAAUCGAUACUGUUGCAAAAUUUGCCAAAUUCUGCUUUUUCGAAACAUGUGUCUGGAAGACACAAUCCUGUAAUAUUAAAGUCAGUUGAGGAUAACGCAGGCGGUACAAGUAUCGGUGAAACUUUGGACGAGGCAAUCGAAGUCUUGUUUGCGCUUCAAAGGAGUGAAUUCAUGGAUGCUAUCAAGAAUGUUUCCGUAACAGUCAAGCGAAGCUGUUGCGAGGAAACAAUUCAAAAAAUGAAGGACGAUUUCGCAACGAUAUGCAAAAGAAGCAAGGAAUCAUAUUCCGAAUGGCAAAAGCAGCGACGGUAUCGGGUUACAGGUUCCAGAUGCUACGCAUUGUACGCUACGAGAAGGACUAAUGCGGACUGGAACAAAAAAUGCGACCAGUAUUUCAAUCCGAAAAGUUUCGCAAGUAUGUACACGGAGUACGGGAAAAAAACAGAAAGUGAGGCUCUCGAAGUAUUCAAGACUACCUUUAAUUUAACAAUAAUUCAAGUUGGCCUAGUCAUAUCGAGUCAAAAUCCGUGGCUCGCUUAUUCACCCGAUGGAAUAAUUUAUGAAAAAAACGUUCCUACGAAACUAGUUUAAAUCAAAUGUCCUUUUAAAGGCAAGUCGAAGACUGUAAUGGAAGCUAUACAAUUUGAGUUCAAAAAAGGACUGGUGAUUGAAAAUAAAAAUAUUAGUUUAAAGGAAAAGCACGCCCACUAUGCUCAAAUUCAACUGGGAAUGGCAGUUUUGAAUUUAAAAAGUGCUUUCUUCGUCAUAUAUGCUUCUUUUGAUAAGAGCAUACUAGUGAUUGAUGUUCCGUUUAAUGAAAUGUAUACCUUUAAUAUGUUGAGUGUCUUGAAGAAAACGUAUUACGAUAAAAUGGUACAUUUCAUAUGUCCCAACGAUGAAAACAGUAAUAAAGAGCGUUAGGCUAUUACCUAAACGUAGAAAAGAUAAUGACAAUAAGAAGGUUGUGAUUAAAUAACAAGUCUGUGAUUGUACUGCAAUUAUUAUUUAUAAUUAUGUCACAAUAUGAUAUAAGAAAGAUAAAUGUCACGAUAAACAGAAGAUACGUUACAAUAAAGAGAAAUUUAAACAA